AGGAAAAGGAAGAGGAAAUUCAAAUCAGGAAGGAUGUCGGAUAAGGAAGAUAACCCAUCAGAAGAAGUAAAAGAAAAGUCUGUAGAUGACAUCCCUUCCCAGGACCCAGAAUCUCAAAGAAAAGAAAGCAUGGAGAAAGAAGAUGGGGAAUUGAAGGAAACUGAAGAGACUGAGAACACUGUAGAAACUUCCCCAGAAGAGGUGUCGGAAAGCAUGGCAACUACCACUAGCCAAGACCUGCAAUCCCAGUCUGUCCCUGAAGAGAAUGAGCUCAUCUACUCUGAGGCACUGACCACUUCCUCCCCCCAGAGUUCCCUAGAAAUUUCAAGUGAAAAGUCUGAAGAAACAGAGAAAACAGAGAAAAGUAGAGGAAUAAGUACACAUUUUGAAGAAUCAAGUGAAAAGACUGCCACAGAACUGAGUGGACAAGCUCCCAUAGAAUUAUCUGACGAGGUUUUCACUGAAUCAAGUGGACAACCUCCUGUAGAAGGAUCAUCUGAUGAGGUUUUCACUGAAUCAAGUGGACAGGUUCCUACUGAGUCGACUGGAGAGGCUCCCACAGAAUCAAUCCAGGAAGCCUUCACUGAAUCAAGUGAACAUGGUCCUGCAGAGUCAAUCGAGGAGGCUUUCAUUGACUGGCUUGGAGAAGUUCCCACUGAAUCAUUCGAAGAGAUUUUCACUGAAUCAAGUGGACAACUUGCCAUAGAGUCACCUGAAGAGGGUUUCACUGAAUCGAGUGGACAACUUCCCACAGAGUCUGCUCAAGAGGCUUUCACAGAAUCAGCCGGACAGGCUUUUGGGGAGUGGACUGGACAGACUCUUCAAGAGCCUUCUGGAUCCACUGAUUACACUGCUGAUGAAACUGAGGCUCCUUUUCAGAAAUCCUCAAUCCGUGUCUUUGAGGGUACUUCUUCUUAUUCAGGGGAAGAAGGGCAUUUUGAAGAGGAGCAUUAUUCCCCCAAAGAACUAUCAGUGAAACAAGACUCAUUAGUGUAUUUCACUAAGGAAGACGAUCUGUUUAAAGAAAAGACUGAGGAAGCAAAAAUUUAUCCCCUGAACCUGACCUGGUGCUAUGGAUGGAACAGUUCUCUGCCCGUUUACAACAUGCGCGACGAAGAACAGAGGGUUGUGCUCUACACCUGCUCUCACACUGUGGUGCUCUUUGAUGUCCUUAAGAACAACCAGUUUCAUCUCCAGGGCCACAGUAAUGUGAUCACUUGUAUGGCGGUAAGUGAAGACCGAAGGUGGAUUGCCACAGCUGACAAAGGUCCACAGUGCCUGGUGAUUGUGUGGGAUUGCUUCUCUGGUAUUCCUGUGCAUACCAUAUUUGAUAGUUGUCCAGAUGGAAAUGGAAUCAAAGCCAUAGCAAUGACAAAUGAUGCUAAGUUUAUAGUGACGAUUGACGAUCAGACAUUUCAGAAAGUCUGCAUCUGGAGAUGGACUGUCGACACAGAGACCCCUGCAUGUUCAGUCUCUCUGGAACCAGAUUGUGGUAUUCAGGACUAUAUUAUUUUCAAUCCUGCUAAUUAUAGAGAAUUGGUGAGCAACAGCAAAACACAGUUAGUGUUUUAUGAAUGGGAUGAAGCAAAAGGCAUUCUUGAAAUUAGUAAGCCAGUCUUAACUGAAAAAACAUUCAACAAGAUUGUGGGAAAAUUUAGCCAGUCCGUCUUCCAUUUUGUUACCAGACAAGUUUUGUCUGCCACAAUGGAGGGAAAGCUGGUGGUCUGGGACCUCCACCCUCCACCUCGCUCUUACACUUCCCUAGAAAAGCUUCGAAUCAAAGCUUGUAAACUAGUGCAUUUGCAGCAGGACAGCCUUACCGUGUUAACUGCUGUGGACAGUUACUUCGUAACAGGUGAUAUCAGAGGCCACAUUCGGUUCUAUGAUUACAAGCUGUCACUGGUUAACUGGUACAGCCAGUUUAAACUGAGCCCUAUAAAAAUGCUGUCUUUUUCAAAGGAUCCCCUCGUGCCUGUGGGGGACAAAUCCAACUUCCCAUCAGACUGCACCCUUCCUGGGGACCCUUUCAUGGUAAGAAAUUUUAUCAUUGGCACAUCUGAUGCCAAAGUGUUCCAUUUAACGACAGAUGGGACCAAACUAGAGGAAGUCUUGAUUGAGUCCAAGGAAGCCAUUCACGCCAUUGAUUGCCAUCCCUACAAGCCUCUUAUUGCCAUCGGAGCAGCCUGUGGGCUCCUCAAAGUGUGGAAUUAUAAGAAGAAAAUGUACGUGGUGAGCAGGAUCUUUGAGGAAGGCCUUGGAAUCCAGAGCUUGGCCUUCAAUCUUGAAGGGUUUCUUUUAGGGGCUGGCUUCACUGAGGGCACGGUUUACAUUAUGGAUGCAGUGUCCCUAAAAAAUGAGGCUCCUCGGCCUUUCAAGUAUUCCAAAGGCAGCGUGACCCUGAUAACCUUCUCCCAUGACUCCCAGUUUUUGGCAACUGCUGAUAUACAUUUCACUGUGGCAGUUUACAAGAUAAUAAUAAAAGAUGGAGAAAAGGUCUGGGAAUAUUUAGCAAGACUUCAUUCUCACAACAAAAAAAUCCAGAGUCUGAUGUUUGGAGUUCAGCAAGACAACAAUGAGCCUCGUCUGCUAAGCCUUGGCAAGGACAGAUUGCUGAUAGAGUAUGAUCUUGUGAACUGCCACAGGGACCACCUGGAGAUCCUGGACAUCCAUCGCACAGACCAGGAAGCCCUCCCAAAUUGUAUGGUCUGGUACCCACCCAUCACCAGAGAGUCUUUCUUGCUCAUUUGCAACACUGGAUACAAAGUGAAGCUGUUUAAUUCCACAACAAAGAUGUGCAGAAAGACGCUGAUUGGGCCAACGUAUGGAUCACCCAUUCAGCAAGUCCUGGUCCUCCCACCCAAAGGCACAGAUGACUUAAAGGACCGAUACCUAGCAUUUAUAAACAAAGACAAGGUUGGACUUCAGAUCUUACCAGUUGAUGGAAAUCCCCAUAAAACAUCUGCCAUUAUUUGCCACCCAGAUGGGGUGUCCAAGAUGACUCUUUCUUAUGAUGGUACCUACGUCUUUACUGCGGGCGGUGAUGACCACACUGUAUUACAGUGGGAGAUUAAUUUAGAGGCUCUGGAGGCAGCUGUUUACCUGGGGGGUGAAGAUUUGACCCCAUUCUACGGUCUGCUGGAUGGGGGCAGAGAGGGAGAAUUCUACAAGGAACUAGAAGACUAUUUUUAUUAUUCUCAGCUCCGUAGUCAGGGUAUCGAUACGAUGGAGACCAGAAAGGUGUCAACACAUAUUUCCCUGAGUGAGCUUCCUUUUGUAAUGAGAGCAAUUGGCUUCUAUCCAUCUGAGGAGCAGAAUGUAAAGUCCUUGAAGGCUGUUUGGAGAUUCUCCAGGGAGUGUAGAAUCAUUGCUGUAAAGCUGGAAGGAACCCCAGUGGCCCACAAGUUUACAGAUGAGGAAACUGAGGCCCACAAGCUUAUGGGACUCGUCCAAGGCCUCUGA